ACAUGCUGCAGAAGGCAGGAGUGUGGAUUAACCUGUUGAAGAGCUGGGUUGGCAAUGUAGCAUCAGUUGUUCUUUGGCCAUAACAUCAACAUGGUCGACACAAUGGAUGACCUAGAUUACAUGCUGCCAGCCAACUGUCCAAAUCCAUAUUUUGACUCGUGGGACAGACACAACAGCAUUGCUUUCUCUGCCACAAAGGGUCUUCGCAAUGCACCUGGGGAGAACAACUGUUUUGUCAACUGUGCUGUGCAGGUUCUGUGGCACCUGGAUGUGUUUCGACGGAGUUACCGGCGCAUGCUGGGCCAUACCUGCAUGGGCAAUUCGUGCAUUUUCUGUGCACUCAAGGUGAUCUUCACGCAGUUCCAGUACAGUGACAAGGCCGCACUACAUCCUGACGCACUGCGCAAGGCGCUGGCAGAGACCUUCGCCAAUCAGCAUCGCUUCCAGUUGGGCCACAUGGACGAUGCUGCUGAAUGUUUCGAGAACAUCCUACGUCGAAUCCACUUCCACAUCGCCAGCAGCUACAGCGAGGACGCCUGCACCGCUCCCCACUGCCUCCCGCACCAGAAGUUCGCCAUGAACGUUCAUGAAAAGGUGGUGUGCCCAUGUGGAGCCAGCUCUAGUCCACUCAAGUUCAGUGAGAUGGUUCACUAUGUGUCUGCUUCAGCUCUCGUUGCACAAACACGGAUGAUGCAGGAGUCCGGUGAUAUGCUUCAUCCUGACCGGUUUGGACUGCUCCUUCGCAAAGCUGCGUCGAUGGGGGAUGUUCGUGACUGCCCAGCCAUGUGUGGACGACAGAUUCAGAAGCAGAGGACUCUUCUCAAUGUUCCCGAUGUUGUGAGCGUGGGACUUGUGUGGGAUUCUGAUCGCCCUUCCACUGAAAUGACAACAGAAGUUGCAAGCUGUUUGGGCACAAUUAUCCACUUACAAGAUAUGUUCCAUUGUGUGAUGCCUGACAUCAGGUGUCUCCCACGAUUGCAACUUGUGGCAGUAGUUUGUUACUAUGGAAAACACUACUCCACUUUUGUUUUCCACUCCAAAUUGCGCACAUGGGUGUAUUUUGAUGAUGCCACUGUUCGAGAGAUCGGCCCACAAUGGGAAAAUGUUGUGGAGAAAUGCAGUAAAGGGCGCUUCCAGCCACUUCUCCUUCUCUAUGCUAACCCUGGUGCCAGUCCUGUCCCUGUGGACACAGCGCCUCAUAAGCGAGUUAUGGCCCCUGGUUAUGCUCCAGUUCCAGCUAUGACUUCCAAUGAGAUUGACUGUGGGUUGAAUCGCACACAUGAGAGCAUCAAAAGCAUCCAGCUAAACCCACAUCGUUCAGUCACCUCAAACAUGGAUCCACAGGCACCUGCGGAUGUCACCUCAAAUAACCAUUUUGUCACUUCUGAUGGGUCUUCAUCGACAGAUUCAGGCCGAGACUCUCCAGGGAGGCUGAGUCGUGAGCAUGCUCGCCAGCCCAGCUUUUUGAUAGCUGUGACGGGAAAAAAUGAGAAAAAUCGCCUUCUUCAUGGAGGAGCAUCAUCUCCUCUUCCUCCCUCUGGAAUUAUAGGAAACUGUCCCGGAAGGGAGCUGCCAGGUGGAAUUACCAAAACUGUCUCUGACAGUCGGCCUUCUAACGAUGACUGUGCUUCAUACACACUUUCAGGAGGAGACCAGUAUCGUCGACCCUAUAUGAAUGGCUUAGACACAUCACAACUGCCAAUGCCCCCAAACAUGUCAAGGCACAAUCCUGAUGUUCAGCACAGAGAGAACUUCAAACGGAAUGGGGCUGGUCCCAAGGAAAAGGGUGGGGUAGAUAUCAUUCGAUACCAAGUAGAUCCCAGCAGAACUUUGAACAAUCACACCCCAGAUUUCACCCUGCAUCAGUCUCAAGCUGACUUUCACCCAAUACAAAGGGCUGAAAAUGACCAUGGGAAUCCUAAAGCUCCUGUAGUGUUCAAUGUUCGACAACAGUCUAAUUAUGCUGGACAUUUAGACAAGACUGUUGCAAGCACAGGUGAACUUACCAGCAAUGGACAGCAUGUGGUUCUUAAACCCAAGCCAACAGGUCAUGGUCACUGUGAUGCUGUUGAUGGUCAUGGUCACUCACCAGUGCAGUCAGGUUUAGCCACUUUACCACGGAAUAAAGGCCAGAAUGGUGUGGUCGAUGUCCCUUCUCAUCAGAGACAAAGUUCAGGUCAUCAAGAGGUUGCACAGAUCACUCGCCAGACCUCCAUGGGCAACCUGACUUUAGUUGGGAAUGAACGGUCUAUUCCUCCUGGUACCCCACCUCCAGAAUACCAGAAGCUUGAUCCCCAUCAUCAGUACCACUCUCGUCAGACUUCUGUCUCUUCUCAGGGCAGCAUGAUAAAGUCAUCAGCAUCCAUGGGCCACAUAGAGCAGAGCAUCUCCAGCCUAAUGGUGACCGAAGACAAGCCAAAGAAAAAGGCUAAAAAAGAUCCUAAAGAGAAGAAAUCAGGUGAAAAAGAUGCAUCGAAAAAAUCAGAUAGGAAGAAGCCUUCCUCAAAAUUGGAUUCUACAUCCAAGAGAAGAGGGAGUGAUAGUGAUGUGAUUGAGGAGGAUAUGAGCAGCUACAUUGACAGACAGAAAGUGGAAUCUGUCUUGAAGCAACAAGGACUCAAGCAUCAAGGGGUGCAUCGCACAAACUCCUCUUGCAGCAAUAACAGCUCUAGCAGUCUUGAGUCUGACAGCUUAAUGGGGAGACUUCUUGCCACAAAGGCUGCUGAAAGCUCUUUUGACAGUAUUUCUCUCGGAUCGCACAAGGAUUCUGGAUAUGGCAGCAGUGAUCGCAACAGCUCCAGUUCGACAGGCAGUGGAACCAUUGAUCCUUAUGCUCAGUAUUUCAUCAGCAAAAGCAUGGUCAUUCCCCGUUCAGUAAAUACACAGAUGCUGGAUUGCACACAAGAUUACAGCAAGGCAGGAGGUGAGCACUACUUAAGUCAGUCGUUUGGACCUCAACAUUUCAAGAAUUUGUCUGGUUCUACAACUGAGGUCAGCAGGCAUGGCAGCACCAUGUUGUCUGGCUGCAAGGUGAUGCAUCCAAUUAGAGAGAGCAGCCAAGAAGACCUGCUACGAGGACAGCCACAACAGGAGAAAGAUGGCAGCUUUCAGAAAGUAGCAGUUGCUCCAUUUUCCACACAGAAUGACAUGCGGCCACCCCCUGUCCCUCCCAAAAAUUUUGCUCAGUUUCAAAUAAUCAGAUCUGCACAGACAACACAUCCAAGGGACACAUCAUUGGAUAGUCUUGAUAAAGAUGCCAGUGGCAGUGAGCAGUUUGAUGCUCUGUGCAAGAAGGGUGAUGCCUUGAUGGACAGCUGCAUGCUGGCUGAGACUCGGGAUGACUUCCCUUCAGCUAUUAGCUUCUGCAACUGUGCACUGGGUUGCUUGAAGGAGGCCAUGUCUUUAAAGGAUCUCAGUAACAAAGCCCUGGCUUACGUACAGAAGCGACAUAAUUCAUGUCUAGUCAAAUUACGCAGUCUGCAAAAGCGGGCCACAGUUAGACAGGAAUCCAGCCAGUCUGCUGCAGGCCCCAGUAGCUCCACUUCAGGUAGUAACAGGUCAAGUAUUACAAGUAGUGACUCUGAUACCAGCGAUCACCAUGCUCAUCUACACAAACGACAUUCUUCAUGGGACCCUUUGGAUGUCAGGUCUGUGCCUACACAACCUGUAAAUCAAAGAGACUUGAGAUCCACUCCAUCAGUUCAUGAGCACCAGGACAGCUUUAGCUAUAGGCAGCAGAUAGUGGAUAGUCAACAAGUACAGUUAACAAAUGACACAUUUGUGAAAAAUGGAGGCAUGGCAGAGACAAACCAAAGCCUGUCUCAGACAAGAAGUGGGAUAUCAUCUUCUCAAGAGUUCAACGACAGUGGAUUUUCAGCUCAGCAAAAGCCAGACACUAGUGGCAUGCCUAUGUCACACUCUGGGAAUUGCCUUGUAGCCUACACUGGUGGUGUUGAAAAUGGUGAAAACUCUGUGGACGUUUAUGGCACAUUGCCACGAAAUAAAUCUCGUAAACCCACAUCUGACAUGCCCACCAAUCCUGAACUUUAUCAGUCUUUUCUUAACAAACAAAAAUGCCUUCAAGCUGGGGUGAGUGCAAGUCAGCAGAGUCUGGACAGUUUGAAGUCUGACAGCAGUGGUUCAGACCACUGCAACACUGGUGCCAACACACAGCAGAAGCUGAGCAAAGCAGAGAUCCGGCAGCUUUUGCAGGACAACUUGGUGCAGAGACAGUGGCAUCCGCAGCAACAGCAGUCACAGUCUUUAAUUGUAAAGAAUGCACCCUCUCAGCAAAAUGGACUUUCAGCUCAUCCAAAUCAACAGAAGCCUGUCAUGCAGCAGACUCAGCCAGGAAAUCCCACCAGGCAGCAGCAGCAGCAACAUCAGCAGCAACAACACCAGUUGCCUGGACAACUUCAGGCCACUGCCGCUGGGUUAACCACUCCUGCUCCAGCUGUCUCAAUUGUUCAGACUGGCGUCAGCCAGCCUGUAUCUCAGCUGCAGGCUCCAGUUCGUGGCCUUGUCCCCAGCCAGAAACCCUCCAUUCCAUAUCCAUCAUCUGUCACAAAAGCCAGACCACCAGGACCACUGCCAGCAGCACGUCCUGCCACCACCAAUCAGCAGCAGGGUCCAUCAGAGGUUGGUAGGCGCACGUCUUCAAACGUUGUCCGGGUGCUGCCGAACCCUCAUGUAACCUCCACUCCCCACCUUCAGCUUCAACCCUCACACCCUGGUAACGCUACGGGUAGUGGUACUUACUUGGUCUUGAUGCCUUCAGCGCCUCCGCAGCAGCAUCAAACAUGCCAAAGACCACGUCAGCACCAGCCGCAGCAGCUGUUGGGGGGGCCACUGAGGCAUGCAGCUAGCAGCAUGCAGUUGUCAGGUGUGCCUGUAGGGUCACAGCUUGUGGAUCGACAUGCCUUUCAGCCAGACUGCCAGAAACUAGUAGACUUUGCUUACCCUGCUAACAAUCCAGAUGCCUCUGUCAGGGCUUAUCCUGGUCGUGAGAAGCUAGGUUCUUUUCGUGUCAUUGAGGUCCUUGGUGAAGGCUUUCCUACCUCAGAUGGUUGCCCAGGUACCCAUGAGCCUUCUGAGUUUGGAGAUGGUGACAACAACCAGGACUGUUCUAAUAUAAGUGUUCGCGCACUGGCCUCCAGGUUUGAAACCUCAAAGCCUUUACCAUACGUACAUUCAAGCCUUUCCAAAAGUUGCCAGCGGCAGGACAGCAUGAAGUCAGAUGCUGGGCUGCAAGGUACAAUGCAAAGAAUGCGGAGUAAGUCAGAAUCAUCUACAAGGAAGCCAAAGUCUGUGUUAAAAAACAAAAAGAACAAAAGCAAACCACGCAAAUCUGUAACUUUUGCAGAUAGCAUUGCUCACUUUGCAGACACAGAUGAGCACAACUCUGGGUAUGAAUCUGCCAGAGAAUGUAACACAUUUCGACCCACUUUUGCAGACAGCAGAGCGUAUUACAGUGAUGAUGAAGAUCACCUUGGAUCACACCAUGCAUACUCUGAUAAUGAAUGGGACGAUGUUGAAGAUGCUGGUAGUUCUAACAGUGAUGAAUUCCCAACUCCUGAAGAACAGUGCCAGCUAUGUCACAAGAGAAGAAAAGAGUCUGGCAAACAAUUCUGUGAAAAGUGUAGUUUCUACAUGGGAAAGCUUACGUCGAGGUAGCGAUUCUUCUAUUUUAUAAAAGCAGCACAUAGUGAACACAGUGAUUCAUUGUAGGCUUUUAUGAAUUUUUUUGGCAUUAUGUAAUUUAGUGAUCAACCAAAACUGCCGAUCUUGCCAUGAAAAUACUUUUCAAAUUUUGUUUGGUUAGCUUUUGUCAGCUAGAUGCAAUUAUUUUAAACUUUUAAAAACCCUAGGCUGUUGAUUACUGGGAAUGGAUUGAGACAUUCCUACAUAGCAUCUAUGUAAGGUGAAAGGGUUUUUGGUCAGUGAGAAAAAUCAUUGACUAGUCAGACUUUGAAUUCAGUGCCUCCUGUAAAUAUUUGAUAAUGACUUUGUUCAAAUUUUUGCAUUUGAUGUUUUGAAGCAGUGAAAGGUAUUAGCGGAUAAGCACUCCUUCCCCCUUUCCUACAUGGGUAGAUAUAGUGAAGAGCUAGAACUGAUACUUGUGAGCAACCCUCUUAUUUUGUGUGUGUCACUAAGUCAUACAACAAGCCUUCUCUUAAUCUGUCUCCUUAUUGCAAGAGCAAAAAUAUGUGCACAUGUGCAUGUAUGCUUUAUUCACUUAUUCCAAGUGAAUUUUUUGGUUUUUGUUCCAUGCACAUAUUUAUGAUGACAGUUAGGCAGUAGAGUAUUCUUGCCCAAUCUGCAUCAACUAGUUAUGGAGAAUGUUUUUCAAAUGUAUAUAGCUAAAGAUUACAAAGCAAUGUUGUCUUACACGAGUUACAACACAGACUGUAGCAUGAUGUGGUUUUGUGUGUGAAUUUUCAGAUGUUGCAAGCCGUCCAUAUGCAUUGAGUCUUUAGGUGCCUGAUGAUGUUGACAGAAUUUCUAUGCCUACUUUGAGAUAAUGGGAUGUCUGCUGUGUGAGCGAGUCUUGACUAUAUUUUGUUGUGUGAUAUAAAGCCAAGUUCUAUCUAUAUUCUUGUGUACAAAAGCUAGCCACCGAUAGCAGUCACGCUUUCCCAUACAAUCACUACAAUAUCGCAUAAUGCCAUUUCUGAGUAACAACGGUUUGUAAUAUUCUCAUGAUCAGUAAAAGCCUAGCACUGUUAGUCGAAAAUGACAGUAUGCUUGGGUCACAGCAUGAAAUAUUUAUGCAGAUAAUAGUCUGGCUUCUAAAACUGCAGUUUCAGUCUUACCAGAUCCCAGUGUUGCCACUUAAACGCAUAUGGUGCUGUGCCUCCAUUGCUAAAAGUUUUCCAACAGCAUUAUUUUCACAUAGCUCUAGUAUUUGGCAGUCAAAAGAUAGUCUUUUAGGACUAUAAUGGUAGAGUUAUUGGCAAAGCAGUAUUACCUUCUGAUGGGAACUCAUCAGGACAUGACCUGCAUUGUAGACAUGUUAAAGACCAAUACACUAAUCCUUUUAAACUCCUUUUUACCUCAUCACCAUAACUCGGUGGCAUGAGAGAUUGUGUAGUGGAUGAGGGAUUGUGUAGUUUUGUUUGCAUGGUGUGGGUAGUAGCAUGACAGAUGAGUGGCCUCUGGCAUCACAUUGUCUUUGUUUCUCCUUUGACGUUUAGAUGGAACUGGCUUUACAGUGAAUGCUUGUAGUUUGGGAAUUUGAUUAUAUGCAGCUGUGGAUUUGGAAAAAGCCAUGUAGAGCUUGCCGUGCUUUGCAUAUUUUUGUCCACGAUGUAAGAUCCCAUUGAGUGUAUUCCACACGUGCUUCUGUGCAUUCCAUGAUGGUGGUGUUUGUGAAUGGAUGGUAGUAACCAGAAGCUUUGCACAGUAAAUAUGAUUGUAGCUGACUAAAUUCCAAUGAUGAUUUGCCUUUUGAUCAAGAAUAUUGCCUGUGAUAUAGAUUUUCCAUAGAGAGUACACAUUUCCAUCCACUUGCACUAGUGAUUAGAAUAUGGCUGUUGUCACCACAGUGUCUACUUGAUCUGCAUUCCAGUGAUACAGAUUAAUGUGCCUCUUACUUAAGGGCAAAUAAUCAUAUUACAUUGAGAAUUAUGAGAAUUACCUGUACCUGUAAUGUGAUCAGUCUGUGAAAAUGUAGUCUAUAUGCAUAGUUUAUCAUUGUUUUAUAGAACUGUUUGAACAACUAGUUUUGGAAAGCUUGUAUGGAAUUCAGAAUAUAUGCAAAUAUGCAAAACGUCCAUGCUUGUGACUCAGCAAGCAAGAAGUUAAAAUAUGUCCAUUUUAAGAAAUAGUUCUUCUUGAAUUUUUCUCAAAGCCUGUUUAUUUAUCUCUUGGGGUGUUUUGGUGUCUUUUUCGCAAAAUAUGCUUUAUAAAGUACCUAUUGGUGUUUUUCAAAUAGCUGCAAUUCAUAAAAGAUUGCACCUAUUUACUUCAAUGAUUCCCCACACAAGGUGGGGCCGUCCACAAGGGCAACAGCAAAGCACUCAUCGCCAAGUUAGUGAUGGGCAUGGGUUGUGGACCGAGAUCACAUCUAUGGUACACAUACCUUAUCUUUAAAUGUGGCUCCUGUUUGUGUAGCGGGACUAGCUGUCCAUGAAAUAGCCUCAUUUGCUUACCAUAAAACAACUAUCCUACUUAAAGCAAAUUACUAAGAGGUAUUUGCUUUCAGUUUCCUUGUUGGCUCCUUCUGUCUGUGUUAUCUCAACCUUUUCCUUGUAUACACUCCGUCCUAAAAUAUCUUAGAUCUUUGUUGACUAAACAAGAUUUUAAUGUGCCUGCAAAAAAAAAAAAAAUACCAACCUAUGAUCAGCCGUUAAAACCAGCAUAAGUUAUUGAUGCAUCUUUUCAAACAGCCGCCCAGAGUUUCCCCUUUUUAAAAUUAUCAGAAACUGUGUCUCUUCUAUGUGUGUGAAUGCUGUGGAAGAAGAUUGAGAUUUUUUUUUUAAGUAUUGCUGCUACUCGUUCAGUGAUUCUGAUUCUUUCAACAGCUUAUUCCAGCGCCUAGGGCAUUUAAUGUAAUAAGUGCUUAAACAUUUAGCUGUGUAAUUAUAUAUGUUGUUUUGAGACAAAUUGCACAUAAAACUUUUCAGAUUCAAAGUUUUGUAACAUUCAUGUUUCAAAUUUGAUAUUGGGUUUGUUUCCUAGUUUGUAAAAAGGAUAUGUCGAUUUUGAUUUGUACCUAAUUUGUUGUAUUUCCCGCUGGCAAGGCAGCAGACUGUUUUACUUUUCAAUUUUGAUCAUAUAUGACAUAUUUGUUCACAUUAUACAGUAUCUGUUCAAUGUUCAGAAACUUUUGUGUUUAUACUUGAUAAUUGUAGUACUGUCUGAAGGGAAAGUUGAGAUUUUUAUAUGAGAUAAUACCCCUUCUGUUUCCAUGUUGGAUUCAUGUGGGUUCUGAAGUAUUUAUCAUUUCACACAUAACUGCCAAUGUUUUUUCACUGUAAAAUAUCUUGUAUUAGAAAUGUUCACCGUGAAAUGGAUAUACAAAAAGUACUGCCAGAUUAUGUAUGACAAUAGAUAAAUUAAAAAGAUGUUUUUAAAUUUUUCAGCAUUUAUUUUUAGUGCUAACUUUUCAAUGGUAAUACUGAAAUGUUUUAGAAUGUACAUUUCAAAGAAACUAGAGGAAUGAAGAAUAAAAAUUUCUCAACUGUG